UUAACAUAACGUGUUAAAUUCAAAAUCAUAUCAUAUCAUAUAAACAAAGGAACCAUAAUUAUUAUUUUUUAACUUCAGUCAAAUCCUAGCUUCCAUAUACAAAGGGAAACAAAUACUUUUCUUCUCUCUCUCUCUUCUUCAUUUUUUAAACAAAGAAAUUUCCAACUUUAGACAAAUUCCACUUUCCAUAAUCAACUUUUCAUAUCAGAAAAUGAAAAGCCAAAAUUAAAUACUUUGAUUCCCAUUUUUUUACUCAAUUUUUUUUUUUAAUUUUUGCUUAGCAAUUAAUUUCUUCACCACAUAUCCUCAUCCUUUAUAUCCUGAGUCAUAUUUUCCUUAUUAUGCGGAUCCUAUUCACGUUAGUUUUAAUAAAAUAAUGAUUAAAUCGAUAUUUGCUCAGAGACCCACAAAGCUUUAUCAGUGCCACCCUUUGAAUGGAUUCAGAGCAGCAUUUUGUGUCAAGAGGAAGAGGAGUAAGAGGAGAGAAUUGAAAAAGGUGUCAUCAAACAUGAGGAUUCCAGGUGUUAGUGCAGAAUUGCAGAAGAUUUUGAGUGCUAAGAUGGAUGAAGUGGAUGCUAGAAGGCGUGCACGUGAGGCCUUCAAGGAUGUUCAACUUGGGAUUGAUCAUAUAUUGUUUAAGACUCCAUGUGAAGGAAUAAAAAUGGAAGAGUCAUAUGAGAAGAACUCAAAGGGCAUAGAAAUCUUCCACAAAAGUUGGCUUCCAUUAUCAAGGCCCAAAGCAGCAGUGUUUUUCUGUCAUGGUUAUGGAGACACAUGCACUUUUUUCUUUGAAGGAAUUGCUAGAAUGCUAGCAUCACAUGGAUAUGCAGUUUUUGCCAUGGAUUAUCCAGGAUUUGGUCUUUCAGAAGGUCUCCAUUGUUAUAUUCCUAGUUUUGAUGGACUUGUUGAUACUGUCAUUGAGCAGUACACAAAAAUCAGAGAAAAUCCGCCAUUCCAUUCUCUUCCCAGUUUUUUAUUUGGAGAGUCCAUGGGUGGAGCUGUUGCAUUAAAGAUACACAUGAAACAGCCUAAGGCAUGGGAUGGCGCCAUUCUCGUUGCACCCAUGUGUAAAAUUGCAGAUGACAUGGUUCCACCAAUGGUGGUCACUCAGAUCCUGAUUGGUGUAGCCAGUGUUUUCCCAAAGCACAAGUUAGUUCCACAAAAGGAUUUAGCAGAGGCUGCAUUCAGAGAUUUGAAGAAGAGGGAGCAGACGGUUUAUAAUGUUAUUUCUUACAAGGAUAAACCACGCUUGCGGACUGCUGUAGAAAUGCUUAGAACUACUCAAGAAAUAGAUCGACGAAUGAAGGAAGUUUCUCUACCCCUAUUAAUACUUCAUGGUGAGGCUGACACUGUGACUGAUCCAUCAGUGAGCAAAACCUUGUAUGAGAAUGCAAGCUCUUCAGACAAGAAGCUCAAGCUUUACAAGGAGGCCUACCAUGCCCUUCUUGAGGGUGAGCCUGAUGAAAUAAUAACCCAAGUUUUUGGUGACAUCAUUUCUUGGCUUGAUGAACGCAAAAUCAAACCUAAUCAAUCUUCCACCUCCUUCAUUUUCUGAAGACAAUCACCCUCUCUAUGCUGAUUACUUUUGCCAUCUCUUGAUUUAAGUGAAGAAUAUUCAUUCAGAUUGUUCUCAGCGUAGGAAAAUAGAAAGAUGCUGUUGUUUCUGUACAAGUAACUAGAAAGGCUUUGCUACAUAUUUAUUCUGUUACUAGACCAUAACCUUGUUUUAUGUAAAUACCAUAUAAUGUUUAUAUCUUUACAUAAUAAAGAGAAGAAAAAAAAAAGUGGAAACACACACUUGAUGGCCCUUGUAAAGAAA